GGACUGCCACGGGUUCCGCUUCGAUCAGUCCAGCUAAACACCUACCACACCCCCCUUACGCCAGUCGCCCCUUGCUGUUACUACCACCAGCAUCACUAGUGGCUGCACCGAGCAUGACCUAGUCCAAAACACGAGUGAUAGUGUUUGUCAGGCUCCGUGUGAAGAAAUUUUAUCAGCGAAGUGUUUUAAUCGAUAUGAAACCAGAACAACACGCUUCAACUUGUGCUUAAACGACGAAGAAGGAAUAUUGUUUCUACGAAGCGAGACUCAAACCUAGAGAAAUGAAAAAUGGACCAGUAAUUGAAGUUGUGCGUAUAACAACAUUCGUAACCUGACCAGCGUUUUCUGUUAAUCAAGUGUUAAUUCGGACACUUUAAAGGACACGUUCAUUAUCGAAGUUUUGGUGCAUCUACCAUCGCAACAUAAAUGUCUGAACAGGAUAACAAUUUCGACGAUGAGGAGUUGGUGUCCAGCAACCCUAACCAGCGCAACUGGCGCGGAAUCCUGAUCGCUUUGCUCGUCAUUGUGAUCGUGCUGGCAUUGAUCGUGACGUCAGUCGUGCUCCUCACACCGCCAGAUGAUGGCCCUAGGGUCAAAGGUCACCGCUUCAAGCUCCAGGACAUACUGGGGCAUGAAUUUACGCCGCUACGCUUCAACGGCAGCUGGGUCUCUGGUGAGGAGCUGGUGUUCAGGGACCAAUGGGGUGGCAUCAGUCUGCUCAGUGCUGCCAACCUCACAACACGAUCGCUUAUGACGAACCAGACGUUUAAGCGGUUGAACCCAGCAAGAUUUGUAAUGUCACCCGAUCAACGAUUUAUUCUCCUAGCGCACAACAUAAGAAAGUUAUUUCGACAUUCGUACCUGGCCCAGUAUUCAGUGUAUGACGUAGCAACAAUGGACACUUUCCCGCUUACACCAACCCCAGAAGAAGAGGGUCAUCCAUUUCUACUGCAUGCAGACUGGGCACCUCGAGGUCACUCCCUUGUCAUGGUAUACAACUAUGACAUCUAUUAUAUUCUCAGCCCUAGACAGGGCCAGUCCUACAGGGUGACCAACACCGCUGUGCCUGGGAUUGUCAGCAAUGGUGUCACUGACUGGCUAUAUGAAGAAGAGGUACUCAGUAGCAACCAGGCAUUAUGGAUGUCUGAUGAUGGACACCUCAUGCUGUAUGCUACUUUCAAUGACACACCGGUUGAGGAACAACGCUUCCCGUGGUUUGCUGUGCAAGAUGAAGGAAAGCUAUACCCAGAGAUACGCAGCUUGCGUUAUCCCAAGCCUGGAACACCAAACCCCUUAGUGUCAUUAUGGGUAGCAGACUUAGCUGAUCCAAAGAACAUACGCACAAGGGACCUUAAACCUCCAGUGGCACUCCAACACACCAACGAAUAUUACUUCACAGCUGUGACGUGGGUGAGCGUAACAGAAGUGUCAGUUAUAUGGAUGAACAGACCACAAAACCUUUCUUUAGUCACUGUCUGCAAGAGUCCCAUGUGGUUCUGUCAAGAGACACAAAGAAUAAGUGGGAAUGGGCAUGGCUGGGUGGAUUCACAAGACGCGCCUCUUUUCUCGUCAGAUGGCAACAAUUACGUUACCAUAUCACCUGUACGUGAUGGGCCUGCAGGCUCCUUCAGACAUAUAGUUUCCGUUAAUAUACCGAAGAAAAGAGUAGUGCCACUAACACACGGAAAAUUUGAAGUGGCUAGGAUACUAGCAUGGGACCAUUCUGAAAAUUUUGUAUACUAUUUGGGCAUACCAGAAGCACGCCCAGGGCAAUUACAUUUGUAUCGAACACGUUCAGUGUUACCCCGGGUUGGAGUGCCCUUGAGUACUCCUCAGUGUCUCACAUGCCAAGCUGAAGAACCUAUCCAUCACACAUACCCAUCAUAUUAUGCAUCUAUAGGAGCAGGAAGGCCAGGGACUAGCGGUGAUGAGGAAACUGACGAGUGGGGAGAAGAUGUUGAAACAACGGCUGUGCCCACUCAGUCACCACUUACAAAGAGAACAGGAAGGCAGAAACAACGGUGGGAUGCAAUGGACAUCCUGGUGCAGCCAUGUCAAUACCACAAUGUGGUAUUUAGUCCAGGACUCAACUAUUACGCACUGGAGUGUCUGGGACCUGGUGUGCCCACAGUACAGCUUUAUGCUACACGGGGUACCACUCCAAAACUUCUUGCCACUUUACAAAAUAACACACAACUAAUAGAGAGGGCUUCCAAAAUGGCACUACCCCAGGUUAAAACAUUUCCUGUUCAAAUAUCGGGAGGCUACAAUGCACAGGUUCGACUUCAUCUGCCCCCAGGACUCAGGGAAGAAGAAAUAACACGUUAUCCGCUAGUUGUUCAUGUGUAUGGUAGCCCAGGGUCACAGAUUGUCACAGAAAGGUGGAAGCUGGACUGGAGUACAUACUUGGCAGGGAAUCGAGACUUUAUAGUGGCACAGAUUGAUGGAAGGGGCUCGGGGGGGCAGGGUUACCAAAUGCUUCAUGAAGUUUAUAUGAGGCUUGGCACAGUUGAAGUGGCAGAUCAGCUGGAAGUUACUGAAUAUCUCCGAGACUCUCUUCACUUUGUGGACAAACGACGUGUAGCUGUUUGGGGUUGGAGCUAUGGUGGCUUCAUGGCAGCUAUGGCACUAGCACGCGAACAAGGCGUCUUCCACUGUGGUAUAUCUGUAGCUCCAGUCACAACAUGGAGACUAUAUGAUUCCGCAUAUGCAGAAAGAUACAUGGGACUGCCAAAUGUGACAGGCAAUUACAAAGGAUAUGAAGAGGCCGAUGUGAAUCUGCGAGUGGAACAACUACGGGAUAAAAUGUUCUACUUGGUCCAUGGGACUGCAGAUGACAAUGUCCACUUUCAGCAGAGCAUGACACUCGCCAAGAAUCUAGCCAAUAAGGGCGUCCUGUUCCGCCAACAGAUAUACCCUGAUGAGAGCCAUAGUUUAAAUGGUGUGAUGCGGCAUCUAUACCGGUCUAUGGCAAAUUUCCUGGAGGACUGUUUUCGCAAACAAGUUCCCCCGGACCUGAAAGCUGGACUCCGCAAUGGUGGAACAAGUGGGGAGUGAACUGAAACAGUGAAUAUCAUAAGCUUGAUCAUCUUUCACCACCAACUCUCGCUUCCAUAUAUUCACCCUAGCUGGGGACUCUUUUCAUGACAAAUGGAAGUUAUGACUAAGAACAGCUGUAGUCGUUCUGCCAAACAAUGAAUCCAGUCAGGUGAGGGAAUAUAGAAGUCAC